AUGAUCGCGGACCUUGGAUUGUCUAAAAAGAUUAGUGAGGUUACAUCAAUUGCUAGUUCAAAACCUGAAUAUGGGAUGCCAGGAUAUAUUGAUCCGCAAUGUUAUUGUCCACAAGGAAAUUAUGUUAGAAACAAGAAAUCAGAUAUAUAUAGUUUAGGCGUUCUAUUAUGGGAGAUCACAAGUGGACGUUCCCCGUUUUCGAACAUUGAUAAGUACGCAUUGAUGUAUCAACUUUUUCAUUCUAAGCUGAGAGAAACCCCAGUAGAAAAUACACCUCUAAAGUAUCAAAUACUUUAUCAAAAAUGCUGGAGUCAUGAUCCAAUGUUAAGGCCUGACAUUAAUGAAGUUUAUACUAAAUUAAAACAGCUGGAUGCACAAUUCAAUAACGUUAAAUCAGAUGAUGAUAUCAUCAACGAGGAAAGAGAAUUAUGUAGUGCAUUAAUGGAGAUUCGUAAAUCUUAUAUGAUUUACAAUGAUACCGGUCCCACGAAAUCUCUUGACUUUGAUCGUGUUAUAGAUUAUCAUAGGCCAAGGUCAGAAGCAAUUUUCGAUUAUCUCAUUAACGAUCCAACAAUUGAGCAUUAUGACGUAGUGAUUGGAAUUUUUCAUUACCAUUAUUUUGAGUUUGAAAAACAUGAAAAAUACUAUCAAUGGGUUAAGAAAGCGAGUGAUAAUGGUGAUAUUUAUGGUCAUUAUGAACUUGGACGCUGUUAUUAUCACGGUUAUGGUAUCGAAAGUGAUAAGAAUAAAGCAAUGGAGCUUUUUGAACGUUCUGGAUUAAAUAUAGCUUUAUAUAGUCUUGCAGAUCAUCAUAAUCAAUGUGGCAAUUUACAAGAAGCAUUUGAACUAUAUAUUAUGUCUGCUGAAAGGGGAUACGUAACAUCACAACAUAUUGUGGGUGAAUGUUAUUACUCUGGUAGAGGUCCUCAAAAAGACAAAGAAAUUGCCCUUAAAUGGCAUACAAAAUAUCGAGAUGGCGGUGGGAUCAAUGAUGUUGGAACAAGGAUUAAAGAUUUAGAUGAUUAUUUAAAUACGAAAACUUUAGCAAUAA